UGUCUGACGACAUAUUUGAUGGCUUAAAAGAGAAUAAUUCGUUUGAAAUAUUAAAUAUGUUUCCGAAUUUUCUUCGGCGCUUCCUCCUAAUUACUGAAGUUGCGGUGAAUGUUGUUAGAAAAUUCAUUGAAAGUAAAUAUCAACCUGACAACUUUAAGACAUUCCUCGAGAAAAAUAAAACCUUGAUCUACCAUCUACAGGGUUUUAAAAAAAAUGGUUGUUGUACAUGUGUCAAUAUCAAUAGGAAAAAUAUAAUUUAUAAAAAGCAGUUUGAAAAGCUUUUUAUUGACAAUGGACAAAACUGUCCAAACGGUGCUACACAUUGCCAUUGUACGUUUAAAGCUAAUCCGAAUAUUCAGCUGGAUGAUAUUGAUCUGACAUUGAUUGGAACUCUUUUAAAAAAUUGUUGUACGUUGGAUCAGCAACAAGAAAAAUCUGUAACAGUCAUACGAGAAAUAAGAAAUGAAACUGCCCAUUAUUCUCACAAAAAUGACAUUGAUGGGACAAUAUUUCGUGACUCGUGGUGCGAAGUUUCGGAUGCAAGUGAACAUUUGGCUUUGUGCAUCGGUGAGAAUUAUUCAAAAGAAAUACUUGACCAAAUAAGGCUACUGAGGGCAAGGACAUUAUCACCAGUUGAGUACACUGAUGCAUUGAAAGAAAUUAUUCAAUGGCUACGUGACCAAAAUGAGAAUGACUCAAAGAUACUUCAUCGGAUCGACAGUAUGGAAAAAACAAUUUUAGAAGAAAUGAAAAAUAGAUCAUCAAUUGAAAAUCGUCCAACUACAGAAGUAAUAGCUCUGGACGAAACCGAAUGUAAAACAGGGUUUCUAGAUAUUUCUGUAAGUCCUGCUGAGGCAUACAUUAUCCCCGGCAACAAUCACAUCAUUCAGUGUACUGUGAAGGGAAUACCCACGGCUACAUCAAUUGAAUGGCGGUUUACUCCAAAUGGUGGCAAUCAGCACUCGCUUAACAUCGGAGGUUGGGAUGGAAAAUAUACUGGUGGUUGUACACAAAAUCCUUCUUUGAUUAUAAAGAACAUCCAGCCAGUUGACGCAGGUUCAUAUGUUUGUUAUGCAUCAAAUGAUGUUGGUACAUUUUCUUGUGAUCAUCCUUCAGUUCUAAAAUACAGACAAUAUGUCCCUAUGUUUGAAAAAAAAGGUUUUACAAAUGAAGCCACAGUUAUAAUGGAUGCAAGUAAGACAUCGCCUACAUCAAUUGGUCUGGUUGCUAUAGUACCGUCAACAGAACUGAUUUAUCAGCGUAGUUCUCCAGGACAACGUGAUGGAAAUUAUGUUGAAACUGACAUUUACAAACGUAUAGAUGGAAUGCGAGUAAGCGGGAAAGAAUGCAGGAAGACAGCUCUGUCAUAUUCUCUUCUUGUUUACGCUGCACUACGAGGGUCGAUAUCAUUAGGACAAGAAUAUUCGCCUGAAUUUACUGAAAUAGCAAAAUAUAUAAACGACUCAGAACAUGUUUUGGUUAGCUCAAUCAAAAACACUUUAGAGACGAAGCUUUUUCCAGCCUUUUUAACAAAAGUGGGCAAUAGUACCUACAGUCCACGAGACAAGGCUGUCGCAAAAUCAAUCAUACAUUCGUUUGGAAAAAAGUUUGAGGAGUGUUUAUUGAAGUUUUGUAGUUUUGAUAUUCUCUUUGAUCACGUGCGCUUUAGGGAAGUGAAUGAAAAUGGUGACUUGCUUGAAGUCGAUUCUGAAAUAUUGGCCAACUCUUUUUUUUGGCGAAUUCAGUUUAAGCAGGGUGAUGCCUAUUCAAUUGGUCAAUUCAUGGGAAAGUUGGGAAAAGAAAUAGAUUGCAAAAAAUUUAAAUUAUUUGUAAAAAAAUUGCGACAAGGUAACGGUGAUAUAACAUUUUACCACAUGAACUCUUUGCUAGAUGGCCUUACAAGGGAAGGUACUAACUUUGAUGUUUUCAGUAAGUUACCAACACUAUACGACGCAUUUGAACGCAAAGUUGACAACUACCAAAAUACAAUAUUUCAUUUUAUAGUUGCACUUUAUUCGAGAAACGAAAAUUACAAAACGUAUAUGCAACACUUUUGUGAGAAGAAAUUUGUGCUGUUGCAAUUUGAAAACUGUGAAAGACAUACAGCUAUAGAUUUCGCUUCGUUGCUUGGGAGAAAGGAAGUUAUUGCAAUUGUAAUACGCAGUGUGAGUUUUAAUCGUCCAGGGAUGACCAACAGGAUUAUCGAAAUGGUUACAAGAGGUGUAGAAAUAUGGCAAAUGCCAAAUGCAAGAGUAGAUAAUCUUAUAACGAUUUCAUUGAAUAAUGUUGCCCAAGGAAGUAGUCUCGAUUAUACGGAAAUUGUGAGAUUAAUUGGCAAUGAUUCUGACACUCAGGCGGUAGAUGAUGCUGAAAGAACAAUAGAUAUAUUUAGCCGCAAUAUCCCAAUUGCUGUUUCUGCUAUUUCAGAAUUGAUCAGAAUUUUCACAGGUGGAUCUACAAGAUAACAACGAUUUAGAAGCAGAAAUAACUAAAUAUUGAGUUUUAUUGCAAGUUCACGAAAGGAACUGUUAUAUUCAAUGCAUUAACCGUACUACAUGUGUUUGUCUCUGUCUGUAUGUUAUUUAAACAAGCAAUGAUACAUUUUCAUUAUCUUUGUUAAACUGAACGGCACCUUGCUUGUAUGUCUUCGUAUACUUUAUUAUCCUUAUGAGAAGUUGAAAUGUCAUUCUGGUAAAGAACCUUUAGUCCUAGAUACAUGACUUUUUUAUUAGUUGUUUUUGGCUUUGAACUAGCUGUCAGUAACUGCGAGUAUACUCUCAGAUCUGUACUUAGCGUCUUCUUGUUGUGGGGAUGUAUAAGUACUCGUCCACGUUCACUCUGUGUUUUUGUUAGAUGUAUUUCUAUUUGUAUCCAUCAGAUAACUUAAGCUUUUUCAACUGAUUUUUAUAGUUUGUUCUUAUGUUGUACUGUUACACCACUGUCCGAGGUUAGGGUUGGUUAGUGCGAGUUUAACCCCACAACAUUCUGUAUUUGAACCUUUUUAUAUUAUUUCAUAAGUCAGUGAAUAAUGCUAAGUAAUAAAGCACACACAUAACAUUUAGAUCUGGAUAGACUUUAACUCACUUGAAAAGCUAAAACAAAAAAUAAUUGCAAAAUGUUGAAAUUAUUUUUUAAUUCAUCUUUCUAUGAGUAGCAAGUUGACAAGAUUUUUUGUUCCACGAUGACAAUGUACUUUUCCAUUUGUCUUUACACUUUCCAGACAGAUUGCAUUUGGUUGUCCCAUUUUAAUCGUAAAAACAUCAACAACUUUUCAUGUGUAUCUUGACAAUUAACGUAUGCUUUCGUGCAGUAUAUUAUAUCUCAUGUAUGAAGUAACAUAGUUCGUCUGAAAAUUUUAGACUAUAGCUAGUGUAACGCGUCGCUGUUGGCUCGUGUAACCCCUAGAGCAACAAGAACAGUUCCGGGGCAUACCCUAGAGAAACGCUUUGAAGUUUGUUCGCACACCUUUGAAACAACACGUUAUAGUUUUGGGGUGUACUAAAGAGCAAAAAAUUACAAAAUAAGCAUACAUGAAAGCAUCACGUUGCCUGUGUUAUGCCCACCAUAGAGUAGCACCUAACAGUGUAUAAAUGAAAGAGUGCUUGAAGUGCAAAUUCCAUACUCGAAUUAACCAUUUCCGACAUUGCAACAUGAGAAAUAUUUUCUACCUAGUUUCCGGCCAUUUUUUAAAUUUCUUUAUUAUCGUAUUUCAAAAAACUGAUGAUGGCUAUUCGUCAUUGACAUGCAGGCUCUGAAAAAUUAACCUCUCUAACAUGGGCACUUUUUUCAUACUUGAAGUCCCCGUUUGAAAUUUAACUUGUUUAACAUAUUCUUAAAUACGAGUUCAAUACAAAAAAAUAUCAGGGAUAUGGUUGAAUGCAAAUAACUAAAUAAGUGCAAUAUUUAUCAUGCAUUAAUUGUUCUAAUAUAUACGCAAACGAAGUGAUACGCGUUGCUCUGGUGUGCACGAACCAAUAGUUGUUCACGCGUACGGGACGAUGUAACCUGUUUCUUAGCAUGAACAAACGAUCUGUUCCGCGUUGCUCUGGUAUAUAUGCACGAACGGACAGUUAUGAGUGUCUCUCGUGUACGGGAUGGUGUAACUUGUUUCUUUAGUAUGCGCAAACGAAUUGUUACACGUUGAUGUUGUAUGCACGAACGAAAAGUUAUGAGUGACUCUCGCGUAUGGGACGGUGUAACCUGUUUCUUAAGCAAGCUAUCUGUUAAGCGCUGCUCUUGGGGUACACGAACCACAGUUCCUCUAGUGUUGUUCCAGCUUACAUGUCAAAAUUUUAUUGCUAACCGAACGGCACUUUUAAUAGGGGGUCAUGGAUUCAAUUCGAGAAUCGGUCACACAAAAGAUUUAAUUUAUGAUUGGCAUUUAUUGCAUCUCUGCCUAUCACAAAGCAUUUCGAGAUUAAAAGCAAAGAUAAGUCGACUCAAAGUUCGAAUAAUGUGGCUGGUUUGUGGGUUAACAUGAUAGAUAAUUAGUUCAGUCCUUUGGUCUAGCAUAAAGCCGGGUAUGUUCAAAUCUUAUUAAAAUAUUUACGUGUUGGCAUAAUGUCAUUCGCGUAUAAUUGUUAACCUGAUCAUUUGUAAAUAUUGAAAUGUAGUAUGUUUCUUCUGUGUAUUCGGGUAUCUUUAAGGUAGCUGGGGUGUCUAAAUGUUCAACGAUAGAUUUGUUCUAAAACUUCUAUAAAAGACUUCUGAGUCAAUGUACUGUCGAAUUUUAAUAUACAAACGGUGGGUCACAUAUCACUUUUUUUCGUUAAAAUACAUUGAAAUAAACGAAAUUACAGUUAUUCUAUAUGGGUAACAUAGGGGAAAAAAUAGAGGAAACAUUAAACAAAAGUAUUGGUUAAAAUUCAAUGAGAUAAUUCCUUUUUACAAAUACUUCCGAAAUAUCAAAUAAAAAUAAGGGGUCACGGGUUUGCCGAAUCCAAAAUCAAAAAACCACAAAUUGUUCUUUCAAAUUCAACAUGUUACCUUUGUUUUUAAACGGAUUUGUUUUCUGAAAAUUUUGAAAACACUUAAUUACACUUUAUUUUUCAAUAGUUUAGUCUUUAAAUUUCAGUAGGGUUUCUUUCUUUUUGAAAACUUAUGUAAAAUAUAUAUAAGCGAGUAACAUGGAUAAAGUUGCAUGUUAUUGUACGUGAAAUAGUAUCAAUUUUAUUAAAAGUGUCCAGUUGUCUUAAAUUUAUCGCACACAAAGUAACAUUGGUGUAUCUCAUAUGCAAAACUUGGAGGUUAAAAAAUAACACAAAAACAAUCCAAGGAUACUAUAUAAAUCCUUAAGAUAUCAACUACUUGUAUUUUUUCUACAAUCCUUUCUAGAUAAGUGUUUUACUAAAAUAUCUAAUACAUUUCAUAUUUGAGUAUUAUAGUCUACACUGUUGUUUUUUUUUUUUCCUUAUUCUAAGAAAUAAAGUUUGCUUCAUUA